AUGUCAUCAGACGAGGAAAGUCCACCCCCCAAAAAAGCUCCCGCACCAAAAAAAAAAACAACGUCAGCAAUAAAGUCUGAUGGCCUGGACGAGGCAUCUGUCGAACUUCUGGAGGCCAACAAGCGAGACCGAGACAGAAUGGAAGAAGAGAUCCAAGAACUGAGAGCCAGAGCUGAAAAGCGAAAAAAACAAAGAGACAUUGAAGAGAAGAGGAUGGCUGCUGAGAGAGCGGCGGAAGAUGAAAGAAGAAAAGCCGUCGAAGAAGAAAAAAGAAAAAAGAAAGAAGAAGAUGAACAAAACACAAUAAAGGAAAGAGCUCGAAAACUUGCUGAAUUUGAAAAACUGAAGAACCCAGGCAAACCUAACUUUGUAAUUUCAAAGAAAAAUGAGGACGGCAGUGAAGUUGAAGAGGAAGUAAAAGAAUCUAAAAAGUCAAAAGAGCAACUGGAUGCUGAGAAAAAAGCCAUUUUAAGCCAGCGCAUCAUGAAACUAGAUAUUGCCGGUUUUGAUUCGGGUAAAUUAACAGAAAAAGCAAAAGAACUUUUAAAAAUGAUUUACAAACUGGAAGGAGAAAAAUACGACCUAGAAAAAAGAUUUAAAACCCAACAAUCUGACCUUAUGGAGCUUGCAGAAAAAGCAAGACAAGCCAAUAAAGUAGGAGUUGACAUUAUUCAAACAAAGUUUGCCGGAGCCCCGGCGAAAAUAGAAAUGUUUAGCAAGUAUGAACGCCAAAAAGAUAAAAGAGAAUACGGCGAAAGAAAGGAUAGAUUUGCUGGUCCUCAAUUUGUUCCGCCCGUUGAUAAAAUAAAACCAACCAAAUUCAUUCAGUGGGAUGAAGAAGGAAUGCCGUUGUAUUCUCAAUCGCAAGCUGAACAGGCUGCCCAAUAA